UCGCGGACCCUGGAGCGCGAACAUGUCGGACCCCUGCUCCUUCUCCUCCUUCACCAGGUGCCUCACCAAACACCUGAACCUGCUCCUGCGCGUGGACUUCGACACGCACGUGAUCCGGGGCAAGGUGGAGCUCACCGUGGAAGCGCUCGAGGACCGCUUCUCUGUUCUGACUUUGGACACCAGAGACCUGAGCAUCCUGUCGGUGUCGGUCAACCAGCAGCCGGCCCGCUUCGCUCUGGGCGCCAAGCACAGCUUCAAGGGGACGCCGCUGGACAUCACGCUGCCCACGCACCUGUCCAGGGGGCAGCAUGUGGUCGUGGAGGUGACCUACGAGACGUCUCCGUCGGCGUCGGCUCUGCAGUGGCUCACACCUGAGCAGACCGCCGGGAAGGAGCAGCCGUACCUGUUCAGCCAGUGUCAGGCUCACCACUGCAGGAGUAUGAUCCCCUGUCAGGACAGCCCGUCCAUCAAACACACCUACUACGCUCAGGUGUCUGUCCCGAAGGACCUGGUGGCGGUGAUGAGUGCUGUGCGAGACGGGCAGGUGGUGGAUCCUCAGGACAGCAGUCGGAUCAUCUACAGGUUCAGACAGCCGGUGCCCAUACCAUCCUACCUGAUAGCCAUUGUGGUUGGAGCUCUAGAGAGCAGGCAGAUCGGCCCGAGGUCCAGAGUCUGGUCAGAGAAGGAGUUUGUGGAUAAAGCAGCGUUUGAGUUCUCUGAAACUGAGACGAUGCUGAAGACAGCCGAGGACUUGGCAGGACCUUACGUGUGGGGUCAGUAUGACAUCCUGGUGCUGCCGCCAUCUUUCCCGUACGGAGGGAUGGAGAACCCCUGCCUCACCUUUGCCACGCCCACUCUGCUGGCUGGAGAUAAAUCCCUGUCCAACGUGAUCGCUCAUGAAAUCUCCCACAGCUGGACUGGGAACCUGGUGACCAACAAGACCUGGGAACACUUCUGGCUGAACGAAGGUCACACAGUUUACCUGGAGAGCAUGAUCGGCAGGUCCAUGCAUGGGGAACCCUUCAGGCAGUUUAAAGCCAUGGGGGGCUGGAAGGACCUGCAGGACUCGGUGAACACCUUCGGCGCCAGCAACCGUUUGACUAACCUGGUCCCCGAUCUGCAGGACGUGGACCCUGACGACGCCUUCUCCUCAGUCCCAUACGAGAAGGGCUUCGCUCUGCUGUACCACCUGGAGGAGCUAAUGGGAGGACCAGAGGUCUUCAUGGGGUUUGUGAAGUCCUACAUCCAGCUCUUUGCCUACAGCAGCGUCACCACAGAAGACUGGAAGAACUACCUGUUCACCUACUUUAAAGACAAGGUGGAGGUCCUGGCCCAGGUGGACUGGAACGCCUGGAUGUUUACUCCUGGGAUGCCACCUGUCAAACCUCAGUACGACACCACGCUGGCUGACGCCUGCAUUGCUCUAAGUCAGAAGUGGCUCAAGGCCAAAGACCAGGACCUGUGCAGCUUCACACAAUCAGACAUGAAGACGCUGUCGUCCCACCAGGUCAUCGAGUUCCUGUCGCUGCUGCUUCAGGAGGAUCCGCUCCCUCUGACUCACGUGAAGAAGAUGCAGGAGGUUUACAAUCUGAACACCUGUACAAACUCAGAGAUCCGCUUCAGGUGGCUGAAGCUGUGUGUCCGGUCGAAGUGGGAGGAGGCAGUUCCUCUGGCGCUGAAGAUGGCGACCGAGCAGGGCAGGAUGAAGUUCACUCGCCCGCUCUUCAG